AUGCCUAGUGUUGAUCCCAAAACAUCUCUUAUGAGAGCUGACUACCUGGAACUACUGAAAGCGGAGGCAAUAUGUCAGGGACGUCGAGGAGCCUAUAGCCACUCCGGAACAGAGGAGUUUGGGCCCCUGGCGACAAAGAGGACCACACAGGCAGGAGUGGUGUGUGGUCGUCCGCAGCGCUGCCACCUCGACCGCAUCAAUAGCUGUCCAUCCAAGAAAGAGACAAAGGAGUGGCCUUUGUGUGCGAUUCGGUAUGCCGUGGCGUCACGUGCUCGCGGCCGCGGGGUAUCUGGGCCUGUCAUCCGAUUCCACCAUCCGGAUGGCCGAGUGUCUUCCAGGAUGUCGAGUGGUACGCUUGAACGGGGCAAGAAUACUCCCUUGAAAGGUCGGUGGAAGCAGUUAGGAAGGAAUGUGGGAGCAGACUUCGUCGAGUCCUUCCUUAGGAGGAACGUUGCAGCACCGGGAAUGGCCCAGACCUCGGCUUUGGACGGAAAAUUGGCGUCGGAAAUCGAUUAG